CUGGCUCGGUUCAGUCGGCUCACAACUAGGACAUUAUUUGUUUACGGUAGCCUGCGCGUUUAACCUCAAUCGCGACGAUCGACUGCUAUGUGAACAGUGUUGUCAGUGAGUGCUGAGAUGUGAGUAGUGUUGUAGUUUGUUUGUAGUGGUGAGUGGUGUCCAAAGUGUGGUUUCCAGGCGUGGGCGGUCUGCCCCUGCGGGCGGAUGAGUCGGACAGCGCCAGGUCCCGCAGCUCGCAGCUGGCUAGGCUGGCGCACCCUGGCCAACCUCCACAGCUCGCUACGGCCGGCAUGCAAAACCGUGUCUCCACCUCCGACCACGACGCACCCAAGCAAAACCCCGCUUCUUUAGAGAAUACUGCCUGGUACCCGUACAACAACGGCAACGGCCCUUUUGGCGCCUCCUUUGGACUUAACAAACACCAACCAGCCGUGCCUGACGAGCGACAAACACCGCCGCCUCAGUUUCCGCGUGGGGGGGUUCAGGUGCUGCCUCCUGUAGUGCCUCCGCGCACUGUGUCCGUCCCGGGGGCUCAGCCACCUCCUCGACAAAAGCCCAAACCUCCUUUGCCUCCCAAGAGGGGCGAACUCACUCGACUAACCACUGUUCCACCACCACCGGUUAAACGAGACCCUGUCUCCCAACCGCUUAGUCAUCACUCGUCCAAUAAGUCCCCCGUCACAUGCAAUGGCACAACAGAAACCACUCCUGAGAGUGUUGCUGCAUUGAAUGAAGUAGACACUAAUCCUGUGGAUUCCAUCAAACAAGAAGUAAAAGAAGAAAAACAAGCUGAUAAUUAUUCGUAUCCUCAAGAACAAAUCACACAAGAGGAGACUCCACAAAAAAGUUGUAAUGAAGUUUGGCAGAGACAGAAUGAAGUGCUGAGUGAAGUAUCAUCUGUGCGAGUAGUAUCUCGAUCAUCGUCAGUGUCAUCGCCAUUGCCAGUAGAAGCAACAAAAUCUGUAGAAUCAACACCAACAACAGAAGCAGCUCCAUCAGUAUCACCAUUUGUACCAACUACUGUAGCCAAAGCAGAAACACUAGUUACACCAUUUGUGCCAGCUGCUAAAGCAGAGCCACCAACACCAUCUGUGACAUCAAUUGUUGAAGAAAUUAAUAGAUUGGAAAGACAAUCGUCACUAUCAUUACCAAUCAAAGUUGAUCAGUUACCUCCAGCUCCCGUUGUUCAACCAUCACCUCCUCCUGUUUUGUUAUUGAAUUCCGAGUCACCAUUUGAUGAGGGAAUCCCUCCCGAUCCAGAGAGUUCUUCUUCUGAAGAAGGAGCAACAGCUGAUAUUUGGGUGAGAGCUAUAGAUUCUCCUGUAAAGAAAGUCCCAACACCAAAAAUAGUAGAAGUUAGUAGCAAUAGCAGCAGACAUAGCUCAAUUGGAGACGAGAGUGAUUCAACAGAGAAAUCUAGCAGUAAAGUAGAACCGAUUCCGAAAGGGAGGCCCGUCCAGAAGCAGACACUAGCACCAGCAGGCACAGAGAGUUUGCCUUGCAGUAGACCUAGCUCAAGAACAACUAGUCGCUCAUCCUCACCUGCCUCUUUUGCAUCAAAUAAAUCAAAAAUCAGUGCUGCUGAAGCACUUGGAGUAGUAGCAAAGCCAUGUCCAAGGCCUGCUAAGAAGCAAAUUCAGGCAGAAUUCAGGCGGCAGUCACUUGGAAAUCUAUCUGACUCUAAGUUAUCAGUAGGCUACGAUCGUACUUGUAGCAUAUCUUGUUCUGUACGUGGACUGUGGGACUCUUUGGGCUCGUCAAGUGAUAGCAGCUACCAGGAGACUUCGGCUCAUAGGAGGAUCAGACAGAGAGGUACAAGUGUAGACAGCCGGACAUUGACUAGAACUGGUCGAUUCCCGGAUUGUGGAUACUCAUCUGGGGAGACAUACGAGGAAGAACUGCAUCAGGUGUCUGGCUAUUCAACGCUCUCUCGAAUCGGUCGAUAUAAGGGUGAAAAAUACUUGAAUAGGACACGAAAUAGUGGACACACAUCACUUGAAAGCUCGUUGAAAGAGGAUUUCAGUAAACAGCCACAGACACAAACCAACGGACGUCCCAGAUCAACGUGCAACUGCGGACAUCAUACCAUUGCACCAACCGCAAAAGUUGACACUGGUAAACGUACGUUUUCUGUGGAGGAACUAACAGCCGCAUUUGCUAGACAGUGUUCGGACUUAUCGAGAUCGUCCUCAACGACAGGUUCGGCUAGGAGUUCGUUCGGUAAAUCGCCCCGAGUAACGUUUGCUCUAGCCGAAGACGGUAUGGGGGCUGGAGGUGGCGCCGCGGCCAAGCACCAUUCCAAUGAGGACGCGAGGAAACCCCCCCGCGCCAAACCCUAUCCGAACCAGACAAGUUUGUGUGAUGACAUAGCCGCCGCCGCCGCUACCGCUUCUGCACAGGCUAACAGAUCCGGCUAUCCCCAUAUACAGCUGUGUCCACCACAAAGCAACAGGAGUCAGCCAGCCAUUGGACUGAAGCAAACUCCCAAAUCAAGGCCUACGAUUUUCGGGACCGUUGCUUCAGACCUGACGCCCAAAGAAGGUGGAAACUGUCGGAGGAGCUUGCCUCAAACGCAGUUCCAAGGCGGGCCGGGUGGCCCGAGCAGCAGCGCGCCGGAGUGUCUUCAGCCAGACUUACCAGAGCCGUCACAGGACCUAGAUAAUGCGCUGGUGUACCGAGACGGCAUUCUGGUGUCGGGCUGCCUGGACGCUUUGGUGCAGCACAUGGUGCCGACCGGCGACUACUAUCCUGACCGCGCCUACCUGUUCGCGUUCCUGCUCAGCUCGCGGCUCUUCAUCAAGCCGCACGAACUGCUCGGCCAGGUGACCGCGCUCGCCGACUCCCAGCAGAAGCUCUACGACAAGCAUGCCUCCUCCAAGGAGCGACUGUGCAGGUUCAUUCCGCGACUUGUGCAGCUGUUGGCCGAAUGGAGCGAAACAUUCCCUUACGACUUUCGCGACGAGCGAGUCAUGGCGCACGUACGCAACAUCACGCACCGCUGUGUCACACUCGAAGCUGGUGUCAGGCAGGACGUGUCUGCACUGCUACAGAACUUGUUGCAUAGGCUGACUGCGCUCGAAAAGUAUGAAAUGUUUCUGCAGAUGGUCAACACUGAACCAACCACCGACUCUCUUGAUAUGCUUAGCUCGACUGAUGUGACAGAACUGUGUGGCAACGCCAGCGGAUUGGCCCAGCAACUGACUCACAUAGAACUGGAAAGGCUAUCGUACAUAGGACCUGAGGAGUUCGUGCAAGCCUUCGCCAAAGAAAAUCCACACCUGGAAACAUCCUUCAAGGACAUGAAGAAGACGAGAAAUCUCGAGUCUUAUGUUUCCUGGUUCAAUAAAUUGAGCUAUUUUGUAGCUACCGAAGUUGUGAAGCACGUGAAGAAGAAACAACGCGUGAAAGUGACCGAGUUCUGGAUAGAGGCGGCGAGGGAGUGCUUCAACAUCGGCAACUUCAAUUCUCUGAUGGCGAUCAUAGCGGGACUGAACAUGUCACCGAUCUCGCGGCUGAAAAAGACGUGGAGCAAAGUUCCGAGUGCCAAGUUCUCGGUGCUCGAGCACCAGAUGGACCCUUCGUCGAACUUCAGCAGCUACCGGUCGACGCUGAAGGCGGCCGUUUGGCGGUCGGCCGGCGCCACUGAUGAGAGACAACGCAUCGUCGUGCCCUUCUUCUCGCUCCUCGUCAAGGAUCUCUACUUCCUCAACGAGGGAUGCUCCAAUAAACUUCCCAAUGGCCAUAUUAACUUCGAAAAGUUCUGGCAGCUAGCGAAACAAGUGACUGAGUUUAUAACAUGGAAACAAGUGGCAUGUCCUUUCGAGAAGAAUAAGGAUGUGAUUAAGUUUCUCCAAACGAGUCCUGUUCUAACGGAAAAUGCUCUUGCUUUGGCAUCUUUUGAGUGUGAACCACCAGAAAAUAACCACGAAAAGGAACGUUAUAAAUCUUUAAAACGGUUGUGGCGUGAGGGGCUGGGUGGUGGUGGGGGUGAAUGCACGUGCGUGCUGCCCCCUGGCAGACAACCACCGAACCCGGACAACUGGCCGUCAGUUGACCACGUGCUUCUGCCCACCUACAACCUGCACUUUGUCGAUUCGAGUGCGGCAGCGGCGGCUGCUCAGCCCGCAUCUGAUGACGGCGGCACCUUUCUCUUCUCGCUCAUAGCGGAGAUGAACUUGUAACGGAAGACUGGAGUGAAGGCGGGACAGUUUGCAUUGCAGCUCGUGGUGUCUGCCUGUAUCGCAAUGUGUUCAUCGUGUGAACUGUUUUACUGUAAUUAGGCAUUAAAUGUGGUUCAUGAAGCCAACAAUCCAAACAUGUUGUUCACAUCAGUAUUAUUAGUCAAAACUUUGAGAAUAAUUUGUAAAUCGUUAGUUGAUUAAUUAGUUUUAUUGUUUGCAAGUUCCUCACUCUUUUGUUUUAAUAUAAAAACUUACUGUGUUUUAAAUGUGUAAAGUACUCAAUUUUCCUCUAAGCGCUCAUGUGUAUGUAAUGGAAUAAAGAAGAUUGUACUUUAAUUUCUAUUUUUCAAGUAAGGUAAAUAUUGAACUUUUUUGUAAUUUUGUAAAGUUGCAUUGUAUAAUUUCUAUUGUAAGUUGAUCGUAUUGCAUUAAACCCCUAUUAAUGUGUCCUUUUGCACACUAAGGUUGUAAAGCUAGCAGUUAAUAAUAUAUUAUUGACCUUUUGGAGACAAGAAAAUUCGGAUACUUUUACAACGAUUCAUAAUAUUAUAAUACGGUACUGCAUAAAUCGAAUUGACCAACAUUCAUUGACCUCAGAAUUAUUUCGAAUGAACUGCGAUAAUAUUUCUAUUCUCUCUAGAUAUCUUGAUGAUUCCAUUAAAAAUAGUGCUCAAAAUCAUGUAAUGAUAAAUUAAAUGAACAAUGAAUUAGCACUAUUUCGGGUUUUCUAUUAUAAGAUUAUAAUCAAAUUCAUUACUACUGAAAAUAAAAGUCUCCUAAACUUUUCUUACAGUAGUUAAUUCAAUGAUUCUUCUUGUCUUUGAAACGAAACAAUAUUAUUUUUUCAUAUAUCCACAUUCAAUAGAAUUAAUUCGACAUUAUAAGAUCGUGUCCACAUUCAAUAGAAUUAAUUCGACAUUAUAAUAUCGUGUAUCUUUAAAAGUAGGCUGAAUUCCUGAGAUUUCUGCCACGUUAAUUAUUUUUUUGUUACCAGUUGAUUAUACAAUGUUACAUGGAAAUGGUGAAAUAAGACAUUUCCUCAAGUUUACAAUUCAAUGUAAAUAUUUCUAUACAAAUAAAAAUAAAUUAUGAUGUUUUAGAAUAAGAGAUCGUUCUACAAAUUCUUUGCACAGAACCAUGAGAAAUGUAUGAAAUUAAUAAAUAAAAGAACACGUUUCAAAAUUAGGCCACUUAUGACAAUUCGAGAGGCAUGAUUCAUAUGCUAAACCAUGCUUUGCACAUGAACAUGCUACAUUCAGUAUACAUAUAAUUAUUUUUAAUGAUCUCAUUGAAUCUUGAAAUGUCCUGAAAACAAUCAUGUCGAAAUGAUCAUGAAUUGGCCACUUUUUCUAGAUUAACUUCUGAAAAAAGUUUUUCACCAAGUAUUGUAUGGUAAACAUUCCACUGAUCCAUGUAUUCCCUUGAAUGCACAGUAGCUAGAAUAUUUUUUUUCUUGGGAGUAACAUCUUCAUCUAAUCUUUUCAGAUAUUAAUGGUUAAUCAUAUUCCUCUGGAAAGAGAUUCAUUAUUCUCAAAAUAUUUCUUCAAUAUGCGUCCAUGUAUAACAUGUAUUUUUAUUAACUAUCUAUUAUUAUUUAUUUGUCCUUGUGGUUGUCUCCAAAGGGGUUUUUUAUUGUAAAUAAAGAACUGAAGAAGAUCUCUGCACAAGAAUCUUAAUAUUGAUACGUAUAUUGUCAGUAUAACAAAUAGAGAAUAUCAAUUAUUUUCUUGAUUCGUUCUAACUUAAUGUUCAUAACAGGUAGACUGUUUGUUGUGAAAAUUAAACAAUGAAAUAGAGUUGGAAUUUAUUUGAAA